AGAGUUCUAAAUUCGACGACACUGCGAAAUGUUUUGGGAGGCAGUAGAUUCUGUUCGAGGAAAACACGGAGUCAUAGAAAGCGGUUUCAUGACAGUGUUUUCAGUGACGUCAUGACGCUGCAUCUGUAUCAUCACUCCCGUUUGCUAUGGAGAAAUCUCUGUUUUCCUCGGAGAGUUGGGGUUUUCUGUAAUCGGAACUGUUCUCUCAUCUCUCCUUCCCUUCCACGCUCUGCGAAGUACUAUUGCAGUUCAGCAUGUAAUUUGGAGGCAGCAGUUUCUGAAUUCUCUAAUGAGGCAGCUAGUCGCAGUAUAUUGGCUUCUUCGAAAAGUGAAGAUGGUGCGCCAGAGUUGAUAACAAAUUCCUUAAAGUCAGAAGAAAGAGCUGCAACUUCUGCUGCUUCUUCAAAUGGCAGAGUGAUGCUUAUUGAUGGGACAUCCAUUAUAUACAGGGCUUAUUAUAAGCUUUUAGCAAGAUUGAAACAUGGUCAUAUGACUCAUGCUGCUGGAAACGCGGACUGGGUUUUAACAAUAUUUUCAUCUCUUUCUCUUCUAAUUGAUGUUUUGAAAUUUCUCCCAUCUCAUGUGGCGGUGGUGUUCGACCAUGAUGGAGUUCCUUAUGGCACUACUUCUAAUUCAUCUACAGGUUCUCGUUCUGCUAAAGGCAUGAACUUCCGUCAUACUCUCUACCCUGCCUAUAAAAGUAAUCGUCCUUCCACUCCUGAUACCAUAGUAGAAGGACUUCAAUAUCUCAAAGCGUCCAUCAAGGCAAUGUCUAUUAAGGUUAUAGAGGUGCCAGGUGUAGAAGCUGAUGAUGUUAUUGGAACAUUGGCUAUGCGAAGCAUUAGUGCCGGUUUCAAAGUCCGAGUUGUCUCUCCGGACAAAGACUUCUUUCAGAUUCUUUCUCCCUCGUUGCGUCUUCUUCGACUAACACCACGCGGAACAGAGAUGGCUUCUUUUGGAAUGGAAGAUUUUGCUAAAAAGUUUGGCAAUUUGGAACCAGCACAGUUUGUUGACAUUAUCGCCCUUGCUGGAGACAAGUCUGAUAAUAUUCCAGGAGUUGAUGGCAUUGGGAAUGUGCACGCAGUUGAAUUGAUAUCUAGAUUUGGCUCGGUAGAGAAUCUGUUGCAGUCGGUUGAUGAGAUCAAGGAAGGAAAAAUAAAGGAGUCCCUAAUAGCUAACGCGGAGCAAGCCAUGCUAAGCAAGAAAUUGGCACUGUUACGAUCCGAUCUACCAGAUUACAUAGUACCGUUUGACACGAGUGAUCUUACAUUUAAGAAACCAGAGGACAAUGGGGAGAAAUUGAGGAACCUGUUAAUAGCGAUUGCAGCUUACGUAGAAGGAUUUUCAGCUGAUCCAAUCAUCAGAAGAGCUUUCAGGUUGUGGGAAAAUCUGGAAGCAAUGCCAUGAUGAUAUUUUCAUCCUUUUUAUUACUCUUUUGUGUUGUACUCGGGUACAUAAAAGUUAAGGUCAAAUUUAGAGGGUUGUCCCAAAA